GAGGGGGAUCCUCGAGGAAGAAGCGCUUCCCUCCUUCUUUGCUGGGCUGUCAAAGGAGGAAAGGACCCCUUUGGCAGGUUGGAGCCAUGGCGAAAGGCCGGCGGAAGAUGCCCCAGCCCAAGCCGGGGAGGGCGGAGGCGGCGGACCAGGGCCCCGGCGGAGACAAGCGGGAGCCGGCCCGGCUCAGGAUGAACGGGGAGAACAUCUUCACUUGUCAAGCCAAAAUCUACAGCUACGUGAAUCCCAGUAAAAUUCCCACCUCUCGGCCCCCGCUUCAAGAGGAAAACUCCACCACGCCCCCCGAGACGAAAGGCCAAAUCUGCAAACUUGAAACUUGCCAAAAACUGGAAGGUAAGAAUAAAUCUUCUCUCCUGGGAACCGAGUACCGGUGGGUGACUCGACCUCCAGCGUUGCAAAAUCCGACAGCCAGACCUGCAAAGCCACCGAAUGUGAAUCUCCAGCGUCUCCUUCCAGCCCGAAUCCCGAACCGACGGAAACUCAGAAACUCCCGCCAGCCAAAUCAGGCGUGGUCCCCAGCCAAAAACAGGCCCCGAACAAGGGAGGCAAAAAACCUGCAUCCCGAAGGAAGUGAGUCCAACGUUUCAAGAGAGGCCAAGGGAAAACACCCCCCAAACCGAAAGGUAACAGACUAUUAUCCGGUUAGAAGAAGUUCCAGAAAGAAUAAAAAAGAAUUACAGACGGAGGAGAAGAAACGGAUAGAUGAGUUAAUCAAGAGUGGGAAAGAAGACGGGAUGAAGAUCGAUUUUAUUGACGGCAAAGGCCGGGGCGUCAUUGCAACCAGGCAUUUUAACAGGGGUGAAUUUGUGGUCGAAUAUCAUGGAGACCUCAUUGAAAUUACGGACGCAAAGAAACGAGAAGCGGCUUACGCCCAGGACCCAUCCACGGGCUGUUAUAUGUACUAUUUCCAAUACUUGAGUAAGACUUUCUGCGUCGAUGCCACGAAAGAGACAAACCGCCUGGGACGUUUGGUCAAUCACAGCAAGUGUGGGAACUGUCAGACGAAGCUCCACGACAUCAGUGGCGUCCCCCACCUCAUCCUGGUGGCCUCCCGGGACAUCAAAGCUGGCGAGGAGUUGCUGUAUGAUUAUGGGGACCGGAGCAAAGCUUCUUUGGAGGCCCAUCCCUGGUUGAAACACUAAAGGGCAUCCCUUGCACGAGAAGUUCCCUGCUUCGAUUCGUUCUUCCCGUCUGCAUGGAAAUCUCUGAAGCAUUCAGAUUUCUGCACUCGACAGAUAUAUAUACAUAUAUAUUUUACAAAUGCAACACUUAAAUCUUGAAACUUGAUCGAAGAUGAUGAUGGGGCCUGUUCAAGAAAGGGCGAAGAAUGAAUUUUGUGAAGGAAGCCUGGUUUCCCCCCCACUUUUCUUAGCCAGGCACCGGUCAAAGCUGACAACAUUUGAAGGACCGUCUAGCUUUCCUUAGAGGGAUUUGGGCCCCUUUUAUCCAGGAUUAUCACCUCCGCUUUGCGGGCUGGAGAUUUUGGGGUGAUCUGUGCCUCAAAAGCUGAGGGGAGAGAAGAUCAUGUUUCUGCUAAACGGACAGGAGAUGGAGAACUGUGGCUCAGGAGAGCAGUUGGAAGAACCAAAAAAAAUCCCAAAAACCUGUGGUCUUUUCAAAGCAGCCCGUUUGCAACCUUUUUUUAAAAAAAGGGGGAAGAAAAUUGGAAACCAGUUUUAACUCAGCUGAGAAUCACUGGACGUGUCGUCAGGAAGGAACUAUACAGAGGUUGCAAUGCGAAGACCAGGGUCGACUUGUUCCUUCAAAGAACCCAGUACCCCAUGUGACUGAGGGAUCUGGUUGCGGGCUGACUGCCAUUUUUAUCUCUUUUUUUUUUUUUGCUGUCGUGAGCCAUCCAAAAAAUUGCUGUUGGCGAGCGGAGGAAGGAAGCGAACGGAGCCAGGGAAGGCGACAGGCUCUAAACGGCCUACUCGCUUUUGCAAUUUCCUCAGCUGGGAGAAGAGGCCCAACUGUUUGAACAUCGUUGUUUGAUCCUCGGUGCUUUCUGGCACCCCAAAAACUCUUCUUCCACCACCCCCUCCAGUUUUGCAAAGUAGAUUGCUGGGUAGGGCUUGAGAAACUCGUUGGUCAGCUCUGGGUGGCAACGCAACAUCGGAAAACCAGCCAGAGGAGUUAUUGAGCUGUGCUCUGUAUUUGCUCCCUUCUCUCUCUCUCUCUCUCUUUCCUUUUGGGAAUGGAAGGAGGGGGGGAAAGGGCUUUUAAUGGAAUUUGGGGCUCGUCCUUAAACAGGCUUUUAGCAAACCAAGCAUUUUAGGAUGAAAUCACUUCCCGCAUCAAACUAUUUGGAUGGAGGUUUCUCGAACUCGGCGUUCCCCGACGUGUAGAAACGGGCCAAGUGGAUCAGAGCGAACGGAAUGGAUUUUUUCCCAGAAAGAGUGGCAUUGGGACUACAUUUCCCAGAAUUCUUAGCUCUCAUCCCUGGGGAAGGGUUGGGGGCUAGGUGAAGGCUGCAAUAAAGCACUUUGGUGGUGAUGGGCGGGAGAGAAUUGUGAAAUGCAUAAGGAUCAGGAGGCGGAAUCGAGAAACAUGUUUUCCGAGUUUUACUUUCUGCCUGAAAUUCACCAUUUAUUCCUCCCUGUGCACCCCGCCUGGUGCUCUCCAGACAGAUGGGGAUGACACACCUGGCUGGAAAUCCUGGGAAAUGUAGUCCCAGCUGAGCGUCACACACUCUUGCAGGGCGAGAGCGAGCGAGCACCAUUUUCAAUAAAAGCUCCGAUCUGCUGGUGCUACAAAAAUUGGGGACCUAAGGGCGAUGAUGUGGGAGUGUUUUUUUUAAAGAAAUGAUGAAAAAGGAGUGAUCUGAAGAAAAAUUAUUUCUCUCUGCAAGAAUAUAAAUAAAGUGAACUAUUUAUUAAAAGCAAA